AAGAUCGAUGACUCCUUUAAUUCAUCGAGGCAAUUGAUUGUGGGAGAAGACCCGAAAGUGAAGACAAUUAGGGAGACUUCAACUUUAGAAGCACGAGUCAACACGCAAACUCAGUGUUAAGCCGGGUUGGUUUGGGAUGUAAAUGUGGGUCUGGAUUUUUAUGUUGUAUUGAAAAUCAUUGGCCUUUGGUAUGGCAAUUGGAACGUAUGUUCCACUCACUUUUAAUCCACUCUUUUUAUUUCUCUACUUUCCUCUCGGAAUCUUUUCGUUCAGCUAUGAAGCUACAGCGUGUGACAGACCAUCAUCGCUUGGUGCUGUAAUUAUAUUCAUUCCAUUGAUAGUGUCAGUCAGACUGCCAGCGAUAAUGAUAGUUCCUUGGGACAUUGUACGACGACAUAAACGGGAAAUUAACAAUCAGACACCUUCUGAAUACAGCCUUGAUGAGGUGAAAUAUCGUGCAUUUACCAGUAAAUAUGCAUCAAGGAAAGUGCAACAGAUCGGAUACGGAUAUCAAAAUGAAGGAGCUGCAUCAAUUUUAACUUCAUGUCUCAUAAGUGUACUUUUAUAUUCUUAAGGAUCUUGAUUGCAUCAUUUGAAAAGCAAAAUAAAUGCGGAUGUUCAUUCAUUUUGUUAUGGAAGAUGAGAUCUUUUUCUCCACCCUAAGUUGAUAUUUCCUUUCUAAUUUAGUUGUUA